AUGUCAGACUCAAGACCUGAAUUGUAUGAAGAAAUCAAGCUAUACAGAAAUGCUAGAGAACGGGAAAAGCAUGAUAAUAUGGCAGAGCUGUAUGCUGUUGUCAGCACAUUACAACAUCUAGAGAAAGCGUACAUGAGGGACUGCGUCCGUGCCCAAGAGUACACAGCUGCUUGCAGUAGGCUGCUUGUUCAAUACAGGGUGGCGUUCAAGCAAGUACAGGGUGAUGAGUUCCCCAACAUUGAGGCCUUUGUUGCUAAAUAUCGACUGGACUGCCCAGCUGCCCUGGAAAGGAUAAGGGAGAACAAACCUAACCUGAUCAAAGAUGACAAGGGGAACACCAACAAGUAUAUUGCUGAAAUUGUGUCUGUAUUCAUCACAUUGAUGGACAAGUUGAGAUUAGAGUUUCGUGCCAUGGAUAUGAUCCAACCAGAGCUGCGAGACCUCCUUGACACCAUGGACCGUCUUACUAUGCUGCCAGAUGACUUUGAGGGGAAGAUCAAGGUCCAAGAAUGGGUAGAUAGGCUAUCAGAAAUGUCAGCAUCAGAUGAGCUGUCUGAAAGCCAGGUGCGACAGUUACUCUUUGAUCUGGAAACGUCAUAUGGAGCUUUUAACAAGUUCUUGCACAAGGAUUAA